AGGAUCCCCAUUGAGCAUCGUAUAAGCGUUAUCAUUCGGUAUUUCUUGCUUAUCCAAUCGAUUGAACGCAAAAUGGACGCGCAAGCUACUCUCCCACUAAAAUUCGAGCGUAUAGCUGUCGAGCGAACGCUUCCGUUGCGACACGAGGUACUCUGGCCCGACAUGCCUAUCGACAAAGUCAAACUCCCGGAGGACCAGAAUGGAUGGCAUUUCGGAGCAUUCAUGGACAACCCUUUGGCAAAUGAUGAUCCUAUCGCCGUUAUUUCUCUUUUCUUGGACCCCAUCCCCAUCGAUCAUGUUGCUGCUCAUUCCGCUUGUGGCAGUAGUGCUUUUUGGGACAAUGGCUCAAUUACUGGGCCCUCCGAGAUAAUCACAGUGCGUUUUCGGAAAUUUGCAUGCAAGACAACUAUGCAAGGUCAAGGUGUCGGAACAGCGUUGUUUAAACAUGCAAUGCAUUUUGCCCAUUCAGAAUUAAAGGCGGAGGUUUUCUGGUGUGAUGCUAGAGUUUCUUCCGUAGCGUGGUAUUCGGGGCGAGGUCUAUCACAGUUUGGUCACAAGUUUUACAAGGGAGCUGUUGAGUAUGUGCGCAUGAGAGUCAGGCUUUCAGAGACCAGCCCUCGCUCAGGCUGAGUGAUAGCUAGUGUGCGCUGGGUUGAUGAGAUAGAAUAAACGGCGCAUGUCCAUUUGGACGGAAUUGUAUAAUGGGCGUAUCCGUAGUAAAGGUGAUGUCCGGAAGGUGAACGUCAUGAACAGCUCUCAUGAAGGCCCCUGUCGUGAUGAAGGCUUAGACCUUCGUUUUCUGGAUCUGGAUUGCCACGCAAAUACAAUCAGUUCAUUUUUCGCUACCUAAAUACAGCCUAAACCUAAACAACACAGUAUGCCCGGAAGUCCCACAUAUGCCAAAACAAUACAGAUCCUUUCUGACUUUUGCAACAUUGAGAUGCACGACAUAGUUUGAGAUCAAUGGUGACGUUGCCUGCAUGCUGAACGUCCCGAUAAGCCAAUGUCAU